AUGGUUAUAACAGCACCAUAUUUGGAUUUUAUAAGUCAAUCUGAUUUAUAUGAAUUGGAUAUUAUUGCAGUGAGACCAAUAAUUACUUUGUUUGAUAAUGGAAGUGUAGCAACAUUUCAUUUGGAUAAAGCAGAACAAGAAAUGAAAUUAUGGUUUAUUAUUAGAAGACAGUGGCAGAUGUAUAUAGGAAUGUUAUGUGUAGCAUUUGUAUGGAAUGAAUUAAAUUAA